UAUCUAUCUACUUGCACAUAAGUUAUGUAAUGAGUUCAACAAAGUUCACUUUCGUGGAAAAUUACAAAUAUAUUUCAAGUCUUUACGCUGAAAUUUAGAAUUUUUUAGAACAUGAAAACAUUGAUAAUUCGACCACUCCUUGAAUCCGACUACGGUCAAGUUUUCCAAUUAAUUAAAGAACUGUCUACCUCACCGGGAGAACAGAAUAUCGUAAAAUUCAAUGAAAAAGACUUCCUUUUUGCCAACCCAAAAAAGAACUCAUCGUCCUAUUUCUCAGGAAUUGUCGCAAUUGAUAAAAUUGACAAAAUUGUCGGCGUGCUGCUGUACCACACGAAAUACUCCACGUGGGAAGGUGAAGGUCCUGGAAUUCAGAUCAAUACUUUCUUCGUUACAGAAUGUUAUCGCAGACGCGGUGUAGGAUAUCUGCUUCUGCAAAAUAUAUGCAUGUCUGCUGAGGAGAAAGGGCAACAAAUUUCUAUCCCAAUCCGGAAGCAUGACGUCGCAGGGAUGGAAUUCUUUAUGAAACACCACGCCACAAAUCUCACGAGUACUGAAGGCUGGCUAAAUUAUCAUCUGAAUAAAACUGCUGUAGAGAACUUAUUGAACUUUAAUGACAAGAAGGGAAAAAAUGUUAUUUUGAGACCUGCGGAAGCCAAGGAUUGUAACCACAUUGAAAAAAUGAUUCAAGAUCUUAAUGAAUUCGAAAAUAUAGGAGACCAGGAUAAUAAAUUAGAUGCAAAAACUUUACAACGUGACGGGUUCCAAAAAACCAGUCCUGAUUUUUACUCGUUUGUCGCAGAAUUGAAUGAUGGUGAAAAUGGACUUGUAAAAAUAGUUGGCUAUAAUUUAAUGUUCUUUGAAUUUAAUCCCAUCCAUGGGAAAUUGGUACAUUUGGAGGACAUCUAUGUCAAAGAAGAGCACAGAGGUGAAGGAAUCGGUGUGAAAUUGUUCAAGCAAGUUGCUCGUUUUGCUCUGGACAAUGGUUGCCAAGGAUUUACUCUCGAAGUGCUUGACUCGAAUACGAAGGCUAUCAAGUUUUAUGAGGCGUUUGGUGGUGUGAAUUUAUCAAUUGGGGAGAAUGGGGUACAAUCCGUCAAAUUAAAGAAAGCAGCUAUACAUAGGAUUUUUAAUACGGAUAAAAUAUCAAAUUCUAAUAAAUAAAUUUUUAAAAACAAACUUAGGUGAAGGACGCGCUUAAAAUAUUAAAACAAGAAGCAUUAAAAAAUGUCAUAAAUCGUUUAAUAUUUAUUAACUUUUACUUCACCGUGGGCCCAACUAUUAAAUUUUCAAAGCAAUGAUAAUCAACAAUAAAUGUAGCUGAACCAAUGACUUGAUUAAAUAUUAAAUGCAGCAUUACAGAGGGAGUUAUUAAAAUACGCCAGAACAUGAACAAAUUUCCUUUGUAAGAAGUGUCGCGAUUUAUUGAAAGAUAACCAUUCAAAUCUUGCAAGUUUAAUAUACAAAUAGAUAUUACGUAUUUCGUAUAAUUGUUCCAAAUGCUUGAAAGUAUAGCUUUUUUCCUGUGUUAGUUGGGCCCCCGGUAAAGUAAAAGUUAAUAAAUAUUAAACGAUUUAUGACAUUUUUUAAUGCUUCUUGUUUUAAUAUUUUAAGCGCGUCCUUCACCUAAGUUUGUUUUUUAAAAUUUAUUUAUUUAAUUAUUUUUAGUGAUUUGUGAAUUUAUAUGCAUAAAAUCAGAUGCAAUUAUAAAAC